AUGGAGGCGAAGGUCGAUAAGCUAGAACUGAUGUUCCAGAAAGCUGACUCUGAUCUGACUCUGGAUUAUAUUCAGUACAGGCUGGAAUAUGAAAUCAAGUCUAAUCAUCAUGAUUCAGCAGGAGAGAAAAAUCCAGUAACACUCAUAAAGGAAUUAUCAGCCAUAAAGUCUCGAUACCAAACUUUGUAUGCACAUUUUAAACCUGUUGCGAUUGAACAGAAAGAGAUUAAGAGCCGCAUUUAUACUACUUUGAAUAAAACUAUGACCAUGAUAGAAGAACUACGAAAGCAAACAGAUGUGGAGCUGUUACCACUGACUGAAGAAGAAAAAACUGGAACAGAACAGUUAAAAUCUCAUAUGCCACACUUAUGA